AGGAGUUGACAAGCUGGUGAGACAUCUACACCGAUGUAACAUUCCAAUUGCAGUGUCUACAGGCUCCACACAGGAUAUGUUUAAUUUGAAAACCCAAACUAAUCACAAAGAGUUUUUUAAACUUUUUCAUCACAUUGUAUGCUGUGGUAGUGAUCCUGAAAUCAAACAUGGUAAACCUGCACCUGACGCUUACACUGUGGCUGCAAAUAGAUUUGAUGGUGGUUCACCUAAUCCACAAAAUAUAAUUGUAUUUGAAGAUGCAGCCAAUGGAAUCCAAUCUGCUCUUGCAGCUGGAAUGAACACUGUAUUUAUGCCAGAUAAAAAUCUAGAAAAAAAUUCUCCAUUCUGGGCAGAAGGGUAUCAACUAUUGAUAGAAACAAUGGAAGACUUUGUACCUGAAGAAUGGGGUCUGCCUCCAUAUGAUAUAUAACAUACGGUAGAAUUAAGGCAUUUAUAGACUAGUAGGAUAGUUGUAGUAAAGUGCAAUAUAUAUAUACAA